CUAGAGGCUCCCCCUCCACCGCCUCGGAGGGGAGGUUCGCAGCAUCAAAUCUGCCCCGGCAACAACUGCAACGGGACGGCCACAACGUUCCUCCAGCUCAGCCAGGAGCAUCUGAAGCAGCCGGGAAUGAAACUGUUUCCCAAUUACACCCCACCGAUUCCACCGCACAGCGAUGGCCCCAGCAACACCAGCGCCAACUUCUCGACGUUGUCUAACAAUGUCAACAACCAUCACUACCACCAGAUAACCUACCACACGCAGACCCUCGCACCGCUUCGUCUCAACCAGGACCAUUUCAACGUUAAAACGAACACCCUCGCCGGUUGUGCUGCUGGAAUAGUGUCCGGUUCUGACCAGCCGAAUGGUCGCCAGAAAUAUCAAACCCAUCACCAUCACCACCACCACCAACAUCAGCAUCCGCAGCAGCAGCAGCAACAGCAGCAACAGUCCCAUCAUCAUCAUCAUCACCAUCCGCAACUGUCCGACCACGAACUAGAAGACGACGAUGUGUUCGACGAUAAUGAGGAUGACAGCAACAAUAGUGGAACCGCAUCGCCACUGCCGCCAUCGGUGCAACUGCCUGCGUCACUACCGUCCACACCGACGCCCCCGGAUCUGCCAAUCCGUAACGGGUUGGCGACGAAUUACAAUGUAAAUACACUUAAUCACAUCAACAAUAAUACGGCCACCACCGGGGGUGGCAUUCGAGAGAACGGCGUAAAAAUGUCCUCCCCGGGUGUGGCCGCCAUAGGCGUCGGCGUCGCCGGCGGAGAACGCCCGGUCACCACUAACCGGAAGGCGAUGCGACACUACCACUGAUCGGUAGGAGAGGAGACGGUUCCUUCGCCGGUGACCGUUCUCGUGUGGUACAGGUAAUGCCCGAGGGCGCCCGCCGUUACACACAUAACUACGAGCAGACGCGAUGUUUUUGUACAGCCUAUUUAUCCUUAUUGUGAUUUUUAAGCUACGCUGUGUACUAAAUGUAAUGUAGUAACGAUUCUGGUGCGGUUCCCGCUGCGUCAGUGUUGGGAUUUGAUUCGAUUUUGUGCUAUGAGCUGCUAAUGGGGUGAGCAGAUGCAUUUUACCAUCAAACUUUUUGAUUCUUACUAGUUCUCAAAAAUCCAUUUUUAUUAUUGGAUAAAAUAAUAACUGAUUACUAGUAGGGUAGAGCGGGGCUAGUUGGUUACGGGGUAAGUUGGUCAACGAGAAUAUCUUCGAAUCUACGUAUCGAAAAAAAUCGUGUUAUACGGGUGAUAUGUAGUAGAUAACCAAAGAAACUAAAAGACAAAAUGUAGUACAGUUUUAAUCAGAACGUAUAAUAAAUACAGGUUGGUGCCAAAUUGGACAUCAAUUCUACUCGGUUUUCAAGUUUAAACUUUUUGUCUAAACAAAGCUAGCCAAAACGAAAUAAACCUGACUCAACGCAUAAUGAAAGUCCUUUUUGUUUGUUUUAAGUUGUGUAGAGCAAACUUUCGCCAAAAUUUUGCUUUCAUAUAUUUUAUGUAAUUUUCAUAUUUAAUACAUGAGGGGCUAGUUGGUCACAUACUAGCGAGGCUGAUUGGUCUUAUGCACAUCAUCAAUAAAUUCAAGUAACCAAGUAUAUGCAAUUCCAGGAACGGUGCAUUUCGUGAUGCAAACUAAAACCAAGCGAAAACAGUAUGUGCUCUGUUUAUCGAAACAAUUUUUUUUAACGAUACACAAUUUGGUAGAAAUUAUCUCCAUUUCAUCGUCAUUUUUUAUGAACAUUGUGCACUGAAACAAUAAAUACCGAGUCAUUGAUUUAAAAAAUUUAAAACGUACACUAAUGCAUCGACAAAUGCCUCCUACCUGACAAAAAUUUCGGCGAAUGCAAGCUUUCAACGGCAAUGUUACUAAUGUUACUAUAGUUUUGUGCUUGUGGUUGCAGAUGCGUAUCUAGAAUUCGGCUCCGGUUCCUAAUCAGAGAGAUUUUAACAUAUGCUUCUUGCAGGUAUGAAAGAGUAACACGAUUUUUUUCAUGCAAUUAUGAGUCACUUUUCUAAUGGUUCGGGAUUUUAGAAAGCGAACGUAUAAAUAAAAAACCAGAAGUGGUUCGACUUCCGCUGAGACGCUACAGAGUGGCGCAAAUGUAGUGAAGAAGGAUAACUGAAUCAAUCAUUCCGAAAUAAAAAUGGUCAAUUAACCCCACACCCUGACCAACUUACCCCACUUGAGGGGCUAGUUGGCCAUUUUGACAUCCACUCAAAAAACAUAAAAUAUCCGCAAAAUCGUAAACUAUUUUAUGUAGUUCAUAUUUUUUCUAGAAGCUAUAGACUUAACACAACAUUUUCAUGUUAUGACUUUCCGCCAUGAUAUUCUCUGCGAAAAGUUACAGAACAUUUAGACCAAAAAUGACCAACUAGCCCCGCUCUACCCUAAUAAAUUCUUCUACAUUCAAACCGAAUUUAACUUUUCUAAUGAUGCAAACGCAGCAAACAAUUUUAAAUUCUUUGAUUUGCUUUUUAGCAGCUCGGUGGUCGAACGACAUACAUAUCUCCAUGCAAGAAACUAUUGAAUUAAAAGUUCUCAAUUAUCCGUAAUUUUUCAAUUGUUAAAGUUCGUGCCUUAUUUCCUAGUCCUAGUUUUGAUCACUCUUGUCAAAAUACGCCUGUAGUGUUGUUGUCUUUCUUUAUGUUUUUGAUUUCCACUUCAUGCACUGCCUAUUAUCUGAAUUAAAAUCGAAACGUUGGCGUUAAAAGUGUAACAAUCCUUUUCGAGGCUCUUCAAUUUUAUUUUGAUGCGAGUUUCUCGAAAAUAACGAAUGUUUUUUUACUGUCUAAAUUACUUUUCAUAAGGGAAUAUUGAAACUAUUCAAGGCAAAUUCAACAAAAAUACAGUCAGACUGUAACCAAUAAAAAAUAAGUUUUUAAACUCAAAAUUUGUAGUUCUGACCAUCAAUUUGCUAAAAUAAUAGGUUAUCAAUAGUUAGUCAACAACCAACACUAACAUGUCACUGGUAAAAGUUGUCGUAAAUGAUAGCCCAAUGUUCACCUUAUGAGGGGUCUUCACAUCGAGUUCGUAGAGAAAUACCCAGCCGUAAACGGUGUAUCUUCCAUUACUCGUCAAUGGAGGGGAGUAUUUUUACGGCUGGGUAUUUGUAUACGAGCUCGACAUGAAUAUCCAUAUUGUUUUUUUUUUUUACUAUGGGUUGAUUGAUAAAGUUUUCAUAUCAUUUACGGAUCAUAAUUCUCAUUAUUGCACACCCUAACCACUCAACACUGUUUUAUCUUGCUAUUUUGCACCCACUAUAAAAAUCCAUUCGCUGCCCCUGACGGAUUUAACUGAACAAAAUCCAACAUGUAUAAGCAAUUCUAGUAAAUGAGUAGAUCAGUUGUUUGAUUGCAUAAGGCCGCUGCUUUCAUUGGCGAGUCGGCGGCCGACACGGAUAAGUAGAACUCAGAGAUGCGUCUCCGCCACAUGAAUUUUCUAAUUUUACUUUUGUUUUACAUACAUUUGUAUUACAUGGUGAGAGCAUUUGUAUUACACUCCAUGAUUCACUGGUCAACACAGGUUUACUCCAAAAGUUUGACCUUUUGGAAUGCAUUUUUUUCAUGUUGUCGACCAGUGUUAUACAUCCACAGCAAAGAUACCAUGUUAGCGUCACUUGUCAAAUGUCGCCUAAGUUUGUAAAUUCGGAAUUCUCUCUGCAGUAUUUUUGGCGAAUUUGGGAUUGUUUCUGUUUUCUUUGAAUCGUGUCUGUCUAGUCUUUUUCACUCCGGAUAAUCGACUUUUCCGUAUAAUCGAAUCCGCAAGUUUUUUUUACAAAUUUACCUUUGGCGAACGUAAAAUAUUUUUUUUUUUCGUUAAGUUACUUGAAUAAUGCAAUGGCGUAACCAGAAAUCAUUUCUGGGGAAAAAAGAGUGAAUUCUCGAGAAGCAAAAAAAUAAAUUAGACACUAAUUGGUUCCUCUUAAGGGAUAAUAUCUACCAAAUGCUCAAAAAAACAAGGCUUUUUUCAUGAAUGUUUUUACUGGACAUUUGAGAUGUAAGGUAUAAAAAUAAUAUAUCGUUGGAUUGAGCAACUCUUGCAGAAUGGAAAAAAAAAAUUAAUUGCUAUUUUUGUUACAAAAUGGCGGCUGUACAGCGAUAACCGUGAAUCGCCUUUUUUUAAGUUUUUCCGCGGCGAGAAAUAGAAGUCGUGCCCAACUUUACCUAUAACCAAAACGAAAAUUUUUUCAUUAUCUACAAAAAUGUCGCUAGUGAAAUACACAUGAUUAUAUUUUUAGAAUUUUUCUUCGCAAAAUGGCAACGGCUUGAACAAAAAACAAAGUUCUGUUUCGACUAGAAAAAUCGACUUUGAUUGUUUAUAACUUUAGUUGUUGUUAAUCAAUCGCUAAAAUCGUGUGUACUUCACUAGAUAAUCUAAUGAAGAAGCUACAGUUAAAAUUUCAAGUCAAUCGGAUGUAAACUUUUUCAGUUCUACUGCUCGCCGAUUUUGAAAACAUGGUUUUGAGCAAAACACGUUUAAAGUUUUCAAAUGCUAUAAAUCUUAAGAAUCGCAAUAAUAAAGCCCCUAAUAAUUUUUUUACCUUCAGCCAGCUAUCCCUGCGCCAUAAAGUUGUCCUUCCUUUCUAAGAGCUCCUCUUGUUUAAUUUUAUUCCAUUUAACAUGGAUACUAAACGCUUACUUUUGUUUAAAACACUGUUCACACAAUAACAACCUAUCUCCUAGUAUUAUUAAUCAUUUCCGAGGGGUCUUCAUACUACUGGGCGUCAGUUUUGAAAAACCCCCGAACAGUUAUGGUCGUGUUGUAUUAAAAACGCACAAAACUGCGUUUAUUUGCAAAAUUGCGUAAAAGCCAACCUUCUUCAAGUAUGAGAUUUGGAAGGAUUAUUGUAAACUAAAAAAAAUGGCAAAUUGAAAAACCCAUGUAACCGGAGCUAAAAUAUAACCCGUUUAAUUGAGUCAUCCGAACAAACAAAAAUAUUAACUAUUUGCUUGCGCAAGGCCGCCGCUUUCGACGGCGAGUCGGUGGUUAAACCAGUGGAGAGCUUAGUUACUUUGAACCGUUCCAUUGCUUUGCCCUUGAUGAUGUUUGAUCACCUCAUCUUUCUGUAGAAUAUACGGUGCAUAUCCAUGAUGGCAGAAAAAGCUUCAAUACAAUGAAUACUGUAGAAAAUUUUGCUUAGAGUUUUUUUUUUUUAAUUUAAAAAAUAAAGUGUUUGUUACAUAGUUUACUGUUUUAGAGAUCUUUUGUGAACUAGAAUAUCAAAAAUUAUUCUACCCUCAAACCUCUUUUUUGAAAAAAAAAACAUCUCAGUUGUUUCUCAGGCAUACUUUUGGAUACAAAAUUUAAGGGAUUUUCAGAUAAUCCCUAUUUCAUAUUUUCAUCUAAAAUCUUUCAUCAUUCCGGGCAGUUUUAAGUGGGGCCCCAAAAUUAGCAAAACCGUUUUUUCAUCGUAUGAAUUAUAACAUUUAUUUGUUAUUGAAAAGUUAUCAAAAAUUUGUUACAUUUUUUUCUUACGGGUUUAUUCGCAGAGAACUUAUUAAUUGAAUAAUCAACAUUCAACUCCUUCAGUACUCACAACUUAACAAUCCUAAGUUUGACAGCCUUCCAUUCUUCAGACUGCGCAAAUAUCUGACAACAAUCUACAGAAACUAGGAAAAAACUAUACACAUCUGCAGGUCAAUAAAAUCUGCACACAGACUCCGAAAAUCUACAUUUUGCAAAGCACAUCUGAACUUUUAUGGAUGUAGUUGUGAUAUUGGCGCUCGCAAAAAAAUAACACUGAAGGAAAGUUUCAGAUUAAAAUGGUCUGUUCAAAUUUUCUUGCUGUAAAUCGAACUUUUGAUUAAAUCUCAUUUUGGAUAGAGAAAAAAAACUGUUUCUCGGUUUGUUGGGGCCCCAAAAGUGUGGGGGUCCGGCCCCCUACUCCUUAAAUCCGCCUCUGAUUCCGGGGUAUUAUUUUUCCACUAUUCUUUGUUAAGCCAUUACUGAAUCAGAAAUGAUAAUUAAACAAAUUAGGUUUUCUCUCAAAACAAUUUCCUGAUUGCUCCGCUAUAUGAACAACUUUGUCAAAUUCGUAAUCUAUGCGUAUGCUUGUAAAAAACUUACUCUUCUUCUGGAGAAGGCAUUAUUUAACAAAUUUUUGUCAGAUAGAAAUUUGAGUUGGAAAAUAAUAGACUUUUCAUAAUAUUACAUCGUCUAAAUUAUCGAAAGCCAUUUCCAUAUCUAAUCUUAGAAGAGCUGUUAUGGAAACAACCGCAAAUAACUCAGACAAACCGGCACUCCUUAUCUCAUCACACCGAGAACAAUUGCCACCGCACACUGGAGACCCCAUUAUUACCGGGUCGACGGGCAAUUAAUUUCGCACUUUAAAGCUCACCGCUACCCCCCCCCCCCCCCCCCCCGCUAGAUGGUACUAGAACGUCGAUCAAGCCAAUGCAACACCAGCCGCCAGUCUCGCGGUGAUGAAAGACAGCCGCUUCCGAAGAGCCUCCUUUUUACGCGCCCCAGCCACCAAUUCCUAUUCGAUGUGUUUUCACAGUAAAUAUGAUUGAUGGCUUGCUUCCAUCGUGAGAGCAGGAUGAUGAUUCCGGGCGCAAGUUAGUACGGUUUGUAAUUUGCUAACCUAAAGGUAAAGUUCGGCUUUCCUUUCACCUCGCAAGUCGCUAGAUCGGCAAUUAAUUUGGAGCGCAAAAAUCGAGAUCCCCUGGAUGAUGGUCGCUCUUUUUUUUGUUGCCUGUACUGAACUCAUCAUUAAACUACGCACUAGGCCCCAGGCUGGAUUACGAGUGAGAAUGCUGACAGAUUUGAGCUCCGUUUGCUGGAUGACCGGCUGGACGAAAGCGAAGAACAAGAUAAUUGAUGAUCGAUGGAGUGGUCUAGUUUUGCGACGGUAAAGACUACUGGCCAAAUCGACCGACAGUGUAGGGUGAGUGAGGGUAUAUUUGGCUCAUUAGACAGAGUGAUUGGGUCAUAAAUCCUUGAGUGAGUGUGGAAAUGCCGAAAAAAGGUUGCAGGCGCUAGAAUUGCUUUUUUUUUCUGGGGAACUAUAUUGACGUACUAAAUUUCGCUUUAAUUUCAUGCUUCUGACAGGCUGAUUCAUCGUGCGAUUUUUUUAUUUUGCUGACCUGAAAAAGAAAACAACAGACAAAAGGAGGCUGAUGUACACGACUGACCUAUUUUUGGUUGAUGAACCGAAAGAAAUGACACAGUUUAUUGUUGGGAUGGGAUUCAAGGGGGAGCUAUUAGCGAUGGGAUUUGUGACCCGCGUCGCGGUUUGUUACGGAUAAUUAAUCUAAUGAGGUUCACUGCUUGAACCGAAUGGCGUAUUUAAACUAAAUUAUGCAAUAAUUAUUCAUAUCAAAGAUAGCCUUUCUGAAACGCUGCUCAUCUUUAGUUAAGGACAGCUUAACAUAUUUGCUAUUAUCUAAAUCUGUUUAAUCAACAAAGAUAAGUUACUUUUGCAAAAUCACCGAUGUAGAGAGUUUUUCCAAUUUUCCACUCAAGGCAACCGCCGCGAAGCGGACGUCGAUUCAAUCUCUGCAAAGCUGUUCAAAAUUUAAACUCAAUUACUGCUUCUAAUUAAGCGUUAAUUGAUCCGGGUUCCUAGCGCCCCUUCGUGUUGACUAGCGGAGAGAGUCCUGCCCGGUCUAGAAACAAGCGCGCACUGGUUUCGCAUUCAUGCUAUCAUGCAACAACAAAGCAAGUUUUAAUCGGCAGUUAUAAUUUUAGAAAAUCGUUUAGCCAAUCAAUGCGAGCAAGCUUUUACACGGCAAGAAAAUCUUCGAAGCACGCCGGAAAGCCUAGAUCACCGUAACCCCGCUACUGCCGCUCGGAGUAAACCUAAUUACGAUAGGAGUAAAAAAACGAUUAAAAAUUAUUUUCCCGUUUUCCUACUCCCAUAAAAGUUUUAAAUAAUCAAGAGCAAAACAUAGCGCUACUUAAAGAAAGGUGUAAAACGGGGUUGGAAAUGUCGUUUGCCGAGCGGAGUGACAGGCCACCUGCCCCGGCCUGCUUUCGGUUCUGGUCAAACAGGCAGAUCAAAGCAAAAACCCCGGAUGCAGCGAUAAAGUUGCCGUAUAAUAGAAUCGUAAAACUCCGGUUAACUAGAUCAUAGCCGUGCAAGGGAUUUCUGCUAAGGAGGGGGUGGGGCUGUGGUGUUCAACUAAAUGGAUUUUUAGGCUUAAAAAUACUAGAUUAUUUUUUUUUAUUUAAAUUAUUGACUGUUUGCAUCAAUCAGAUUCAAACAUAAAUAAUAUAUUUUUCAACCUAAUUAUUUUUCACCCUCGUGUGCACAGCUAUGGACUGGAGGCAAGAACAUAAGCGAUACAUACGUACGUAGUUGAAUAGAAGCACGCGGUUUUCGGAUAAGUGGCUAUUAUUGCGAUGUUUCCAGUAAUAUUCCCCGUCUCACAUCCGUGGGGCAGUUAAAAGCAAGACAUUAGCCCUAACUCGGUAAGCAUAGAUGAUGAGACUGGCGAUAACGAUGGGUACGUGCCCUGGGUAAAUGUCGGGUUCAAUGUUUUUAUUUGGUUAUAAAGAACUACUGCCUGCACACGGCAAUAAUUACUGUACUACUCUCGUGUUAAACUACUAGAAACUCAACCGAUACAGACGUUGUUAUACCACAAUUUCUAUGAAAAAAAUGAGGAUGAUCAUUGAUCAUCUUCUCAUAAACUAAAUGUAAUUGGAAAAUCUUUCAACUCUACUCGCCUUGAUGUGCCAUAAGACGAAAAAUAAACGACUCAAAAAAUAAGCACAUGUUAAUUUCACUAUUUCUCCUCCACUGAAGCACCAAGCGAGCCUCCUGCCAGCAGGAAGCCAAUCAACGAAAACCCAUCAAACGAUGUCAGCGGGAAAUCACCAGAGGUAAUUAUGUAAUUUAGCAAGCAGUUAGUAUAGCGCGAAUGCCGACAUGGCGGCGAUAAAACAUACCGUACAUGUCUCGUAAUCUGUGUACAAUUUCAAAGCAAUAUCUACCUACUUUACAAAUCUUGAUAUGCGAGCGCAACACUCGCACGCACACACACAUAAACUAAGCCCGAAUCGUACCACAAACCGUACUGUACUUCUACUAUUCGAUAGUUAAGCAACUUGUGAAUUGAUUUCCGAUAACGAUUGUGACUGUUUACAUACAUUUUUUUUUGUAAAACUGUAAAAAUCUCUAGUUGUUGAAAUAUGUUGUAAAUAGUUAGGAAACAAAAUGUUGAUCCGUCUGUCGAGAAAUCAAGAGAAUUUAGAUGCGAUACGAACGAUUGUACAUAGAACCUGAAGUUAGUAGCGCUAGGAAUAUAAACAACUCAAAAGGCAACAAUGAAUGGAAUUUAGGUAAAUUUCCUACUUUAAAAGGAUCGGAAAAUAUUAGUUCAAACUAAUAUCAUCAGCGUCAUCCUAGCCUAGCCUAGUGAUUAUAGAUUACAAUAGAACCUAGGGAAGCAGCUACAAUAGAGUUUUUCGCAACCAAAAACGAACUGGAUCAAUAGAGGUAAAGCUGUUAAAUCGUACUUUUAUCACACUAUCACUCAUACUACUGCAAUGAACACAGAAUCAAACUAAAGCAAAAAAAAAAACACACACAAAGUGAAAUCCGUACUGUAGGCAACUAGUUAAACUAUACAUAAAUAUAUAUAAACUAAACCUAUUCCAUAAGACGACAUAAAUCAAAUGGAUAUUGAUAUUGAUGAAGCAAAGCUAAGAGGAACUAUCUAGUUAUAACUGAAAGUAUCAAACAGCUUGUACAUACUGGAAAUCUAUAUUAAACUCUCGAUCGAGAAACAUGAAAAACGGUGAAAAUAAACGAGUAUUUUUGAUUAAAAGU